AUGGAGGCCAGGAGGUCGGAGGUCAUGAGGUCACAGGUCAUGAGUUCCAAGGUCAUGAGGUUGGAGGCUGCAAUGUCAGAGGCCCGCAGUUCCGAGGUCAAAGGCCACAAGGUCGGAGACUGUGAAGCACCAAGGCUGUGUUUGUAUCUGUCUCAAAACUGGACAGCAACAAUUAAUGGGCAAGGUAACAAUUAUCCAAUCCAACUCCUGAUUUUUUUUUUACUGAAUAUACUCCUUUCUCAUGUUUUACAUAUUCUUGCUGUUCCAGCGUCAGUAGAGGGAGUGAAUAUAACAGCAGAAGAGCUCACUACGCACGGGAUCGUGGGAGGAUCAGUCUUACUUUCCAUACAAUACACAGCUAGCAGCUCAGAGACUCCAGUCAUCCAGUGGCAGCUGAAGAGGGACAAGCCCAUUCCUUUGGUCCAAUCCUUUGGGACACGCAUCCUGGGCAAGCUACGGCCAGAGUACAAGGAUCGGAUUGUGAUCUUCCGCAACGGAUCCUUGUUGAUCCACAACUUGCAGCCAACCGACGAAGGAAUGUAUGAAGUCGAGAUCGCAAUCACAGAUGAUGCCUCCACUGCAGUGAAGACGCUCAAUUUAACUGUUGAUAUCCCCGUGACAAAACCUGUGGUGGUGCUAUCAUCCUCUACUGUCCUGGAACUGAGUGAAUACGUCACACUGAACUGCUCACAUGAAAAUGGAACCAAACCGAUAUAUACAUGGCUAAAAGGAGGGAAGCCCCUAGACGAUGAUGAAAGAUUCUCUUUGUCAAGUGAUCAGAAAACCCUGACCAUCACACGGGUCCACAUAACUGAUGAUGACCUUUACAGCUGUAUGGUGGAGAACCCUAUCAGCAACUCUCGAAGCAUACCAGUGAAGCUGACUGUAUACAGGCGGAGUUCCUUAUAUAUCAUCCUUUCUACAGGCGGGAUUUUCCUUCUGAUUACCUUGGUAACUGUGUGUGCCUGCUGGAAACCUUCCAAAAAAAAUAAAGGCAAAGGAGAGAAAGGAACCUCUUCACGUUCUGCAGAACGGAAUGAGGAUCAGGGUAAACGUGAAGUAGAACUGCUACCAAAAACAGUGGAGCAUGAAUGGGAACGCAAGAGCCCUGCAGGAUUGUACGUCAUCAGAGAAAAGGAUUCUCCAGAAGCUGAGGAAGAUUCCCUAAGUGUUUCCAAGAGUGCAGCUGAACAAGCUGGAUUCAUAGUUUCCUCUGGACCUCCUACUAGAUCACCAAGACCAGCUGGUCGAUCACCCAGACGGUACAACAGGUCUCCUGUCCGAUCCCCUGGCUCUACCAGAUCACACAAGUCUCCAAGUAGAUCAUCCAGCUCACCUGCACAUCAAAGGAGUGCUAACCGCGUUGUCCGACCAACAGGGGUCCACAUGAUCAUGGAGCAAGAUGAAGUUAGUGUGGAAGAAAAUUAA